GCGUGACACCUACCAGAAGAUUAUGCUCUACUAUGUUGAAACGGCUGUCAAGGGCACCUUCAAGCGAGCUUCUUCGAUUCAAGUCAACCAGCGAGCACGUCUUCAGAUUGAGGGCCUUGCGAUGCCGCUCAGUCUGGAUGGUGCCCCAGGACAUACACCAGCUUGCGGCGACAGCGCAGGCGAUGUACACGUGGAGGAUUUGACCAAGGACGAGGGCGUGGAGGAUCAGGCUGGGAAGCUCCGCAAGAAGCUGGGCAUUCCAGAGCUUGACCCAGACGCCCUACCUAGUGCAAACUUGAACAAAUACUUGCAAGCGCUUGCGAAGCGCAUCUCAACCACAGCUACGAUGGCGGACAAGUUUCGGGACGCACAGAAACAGACAGAUGUCCAGCAACGGCUUGGAAAAGCCCUCAGGGAUUCGGUGACUGACCUGGAGACAGUACACACGGAUCUUGCCAAGGAAUACUCGGCAGGUGUUGUGAAAGGCUUCACAAAGGAGGAUGAAUGCCGGCUGAAGACCUUGAUUGACAAUGCGCACGAAAAGGCAUCGAACAGCCUUUCUUUGGAAGCUCGAGCAAGGCCCUUUGUGCCGAAGGCUGGGAAGGAUAGUAAAAGUGCCAAGGCUCCCAAAAGGAAUGCUAAGUCCAAGGCAAAGCCCACCGGCAGGGGCAAAGCCAAAGCUGCCAAGGUGGAGUCGCCUGAGUCUGCUCCCAAGCGGAAGCGUGGUAAGUAG